UAUAGAUGCAAUAUCUUACGUGUAAAACGUGAUGAAGCUAUAGUUCUUUACGUUUAAAUUGAUUGUUGGAGAACAAAACCAGUUAAUAAUUUUUAUAACAUUUUUGAACGAUAUAAAUUAUUUUUUACUUUUAUACAAAAUUUAACUAUAUCAUUAAGUAUGACAGAGCACAAUUUUCCUACUUUACAAAAUGAUCGAAUUCUCAAAACAAUUCGUGGCGAAUCAGUAGAUAAAGUUCCUGUAUGGAUUAUGAGACAAGCAGGACGUUAUCUUCCAGAAUUUCAAGAAGUUCGUGCUAAGCAUGAUUUCUUUGACAUUUGUCAAAAUCCAUCAUUAGCAUGUGAAGUAACGUUACAGCCUAUUAAACGCUUUGAUCUAGAUGCAAGCAUUAUAUUUUCUGAUAUUUUAACAAUUCCACAAGCAAUGGGUUUGACAGUUGAAAUGGUUCCGAAAGUUGGUCCAGUUUUACCUCAACCCUUAAAUGAUCCAUCAGAUUUAUCAAGAUUAGUAAAACCUGAAGUAGAAAAAGAUUUGAAAUAUGUUGGAGAUGCAAUAACAUUAACUCGUCAUAAGCUAGAAGGAAAGGUCCCGCUUAUAGGAUUUACUGGAGCACCCUGGACAUUGAUGGGUUAUAUGAUUCAAGGCGGUGGUAGUUCUACAAUGGCUAAACCACGCAUUUGGCUCUACAAAUAUCCAAAUGAGUCACAUCAAUUGUUAAAACUCAUUACUGAUGUAGUAAUAGAUUAUUUGGUGAUGCAAGUUAAAGCUGGUGCUCAGUUAUUACAAGUUUUUGAAAGUAAUGGAGAUUAUCUUAAUGAUGAACUAUUUUCCAAAUAUUCUCUUCCAUAUCUUAUAAAAAUUAGUAAUGAGGUAAAGGCAAAAUUGAAAGAACAAAAUGUUACGCAAGUACCAAUGAUUGUUUUUCCUAAAGGUGCAACAAUGAAUUCUUUAGAAAUGCUUGCAAAAGAACAAUGCUAUGACGUAAUAGGUCUAGAUUGGACUGUAGAUCUAGUGGAAGCAAGAAAUCGAUUGGGAACUAAUGUUACUUUACAAGGAAAUAUGGACCCAUGUGCAUUAUUUACCACUGCAGAUAAUGUUAAUCAUAGAGCUCAAGAAAUGGUAAAUGUAAUUGGUAAAAGUAGAUAUAUAGCAAAUUUGGGUCAUGGCAUUUUACCAGAUACGCCGAUCUCUUCAGUCGAAGCUUUUAUAAAAGGUGUUCAUGAAGUAUAAAUAUAUGUGGGAUAAUGCAAUGAUGAAUAUGUAUAAUAUAUAUGUACAUAAAGAAA